UUUAAUAUAUAUAAUUUUUUUCCUGUUUUACAGCUAAGGUUCAAAGCAAAUCACAAUCCUUAAGAGCAACACACUCAACACAAAGAUCAUAUAUACAUACAUAUCCAAUAACCUCAUGUAAUAAUAGAGCAAAGCCAAAGAAACAAAAGCAAACAUGUCUACUUCUCAUCAUCAUCAUCACCCUCCAUAUCUCAUUACAACAUUAUUCUUCUUGUUUCUUAACUUCUCUUGCCUUCAUGCAAAUGAACUCGAGCUUCUCUUAUCAUUCAAAUCCUCAAUUCAAGACCCUCUAAAACACCUCUCUUCUUGGUCUUAUUCUUCAACUAAUGAUGUGUGUCUUUGGACAGGCGUCGUUUGCAACAACUUCUCUCGUGUUGUCUCUCUCGAUCUCUCCGGCAAGAACAUCUCAGGCCAAAUCCUCACAUCCGCUACUUUCCGGCUACCUUUUCUACGAACUAUCAACCUCUCAAACAACAACUUGUCCGGUCCAAUCCCUCAAGAUAUCUUUACCACUUCGUCUCCUUCUCUUCGUUACCUCAACUUAAGCAACAACAACUUCUCUGGCUCGAUCUCUCGAGGCUUUCUUCCAAACCUCUACACGUUAGAUCUUUCCAACAACAUGUUCACCGGUGAAAUCUACAACGACAUCGGAUUUUUCUCUAACCUUAGAGUCCUCGAUCUCGGCGGAAACGUCUUGACCGGCCAUGUACCGGCCUAUCUUGGUAACCUCUCAAAAUUAGAGUUCUUAACAUUGGCUUCAAACCAGUUCACCGGAGGUGUACCAGCGGAGUUAGGGAAGAUGAAAAACUUGAAAUGGAUAUACUUGGGAUACAACAAUCUCUCCGGAGAAAUCCCUUACCAAAUCGGUGGCUUAUCUUCUCUCAACCACCUUGAUCUUGUCUACAACAAUCUCUCUGGACCAAUACCUCCUUCACUAGGAGACUUAAAGAAUCUUGAGUACAUGUUUCUCUACCAAAACAAGCUCUCCGGUCAGAUCCCACCGUCCAUCUUCUCCCUCCAAAACCUCAUAUCUCUCGACUUUAGCGAUAACUCGCUCUCGGGAGAGAUCCCUGAGCUCUUGGCUCAGAUGCAGACCUUGGAGAUUCUCCACCUCUUCUCCAAUAACUUAACCGGAACAAUUCCAGUAGGAGUAACUUCUUUGCCACGUCUUCAAGUUCUUCAGCUUUGGUCCAACAGAUUUUCUGGUGGAAUUCCCGCGAAUCUUGGGAAACAUAACAACCUCACUGUUCUUGAUCUUUCUACCAACAAUCUCACCGGAAAACUCCCUGACACUCUUUGUGACUCUGGCCAUCUCACUAAGCUCAUCCUCUUCUCUAACUCUCUAGACGGCCAAAUCCCACCGAGUUUGGGCGCGUGCUCGAGCUUAGAACGUGUGAGGCUUCAGAAAAAUGCCUUCUCAGGCGAUUUACCUCGAGGUUUCACCAAGUUGCAACUCGUUAACUUUUUGGACUUAUCAAACAACAACCUCCAAGGUAACAUCAACACAUGGGACAUGCCACAACUUGAGAUGUUAGACCUCAGCCGGAACAACUUCUCCGGUGAAUUACCUGAUCUUUCGAGAAGCAAAAGACUCAAGAAGCUCGAUUUAUCAAGGAACAGAAUCUCUGAAAUGGUUCCGCUACGGCUCAUGGCCUUUCCGGAACUUAUGGACAUGGAUUUAAGUGAGAACGAGAUCACUGGAGUGAUCCCAAGUGAGUUGUCUUCUUGCAAGAAUCUAGUGAAUCUUGAUUUGAGCCACAACAAUCUCACCGGGGAGAUCCCUUUGAGUUUCUCAGAAUUCCCAGUUCUCAGCGAUCUUGAUUUGUCGUGCAACCGAUUAUCUGGCGAGAUUCCGAAGAAUCUAGGAAAUAUUGAGUCUCUUGUUCAAGUCAACAUCUCUCAUAAUCUUCUUCACGGAAGCUUACCUCCAACCGGAGCUUUCCUUGCCAUAAACGCAACAGCAGUUGCGGGUAAUAUCGAUCUUUGCAGCUCAAAUUCCGCUAGCGGUUUACGUCCUUGCAAGGUUGUAAGAAAGAGAAGUACAAAGAGUUGGUGGUUUAUCAUCACUUCAACCGUUGUAGCUUUCUUGGCUGUCCUUGUCUCUGGUUUCUUUAUCGCUCUCGUCUUUCAAAAAACGCGUAACGUUUUGGAGGUCAAGAAAGUGGAACAAGAAGAUGGUACAAAGUGGGAAACUCAAUUCUUCGAUUCAAGAUUCAUGAAAUCUUUUACGGUGAACGCGAUUCUAUCGUCUCUUAAUGAACAAAACGUUCUUGUGGAUAAAACCGGCAUCAAGUUCGUUGUUAAGGAGGUCAAGAAGUAUGAUUCUCUUCCCGAGAUGAUAUCCGACAUGAGGAAACUUUCUGAGCACAAAAACAUUCUUAAGAUAGUUGCGACGUGCCGGUCGGAAAAAGAGGCCUACUUGAUACACGAGGACGUCGAAGGGAAACGGCUUAGCCAGAUUUUGAAUGGUUUGAGUUGGGAGAGACGGAGGAAGAUUAUGAAGGGAAUCGUAGAAGCUCUUCGGUUUUUACAUUGCCGGUGUUCUCCAGCGGUUGUUGCCGGUAAUUUAUCUCCGGAGAAUAUUGUCAUCGACGUCAAGGAUCAACCAAGGCUAUGUCUCGGUCUUCCGGGCUUACUUUGCAUGGACUCUGCUUACAUGGCCCCAGAAACGAGAGAGCGCAAGGAGAUGACAAGUAAAAGUGACAUCUAUGGUUUUGGAAUCCUCCUCCUUAAUCUCCUCACCGGUAAAAACUCCUCCGGUGAUGAGGACAUAGCAUCUGAAGUUAACGGAAGUUUGGUCAACUGGGCUAGAUAUUCAUAUUCGAAUUGCCAUAUCGACACGUGGAUCGACUCAUCCAUCGACAUGUCAGUGCAUAAGCGCGAGAUUGUCCAUGUUAUGAACUUAGCUUUGAACUGUACGGCCAUUGAUCCUCAAGAGAGGCCUUGCACCAAGAACGUGUUACAAGCAUUAGAGUCUACCUCAUCCUCAAGUUCUUCUUGCACUACUUAUUUUUCAAAGAUACCAUCGUUGGCCUGACAAUUUUGGCUUCGUUUGACCCGUUAUGUAAUUUUACUAGGGUUCCUUUGUUCUUGUUUUUUUUUUUUGUUUUUAAAUUUCAUUUUCUUGCUCUUUUUAUUAGGUUUAAUAACCCAAAUAGAUUGUCUAUCGAGAUGGUUUUGUUUAUAUUAUCUUGAUUGUUUACUAA